ACAAAGGGAGUGCGGCCCGCGGCGCUGGAACUUGGCCGUUACCCGCCCGCCCCCGUGCAGCGGGUCUGGCCUCGGGCGGGCCGCAGGUGUCCCGGGCUGCGGCGGGUGGUGGCGGGGAGGUCAAGCAGACAACAAAUUCCGGGUAGAUUUCAGAAAACAGAACGACGUCUUGCCCCCGCAGGCCCUGGGGAAAGGUCUCUGCUGGGCUUUAGCACGGUGUUAAGUGCAAAGAUACAGCACUGCUUAUUCUCUGUUGUUUUGUAGCGGUGGGGAAAUCUUUCGGUUUUGUUCCGUUCAGUCUCCUUGUUUGUCAGUAUGUCUUGAUACUCUGCUGUAGCAGAGUGACUGUAGUCCACUGUUCAUCUGAAACCACAAACCCUGGAAAUUUAGAUGGUGCAGACUAUGAUUCCAAAGUCAUUGAGACCCUUGAAAUUCUACUUUUCUACUGUGUAUCAAGAAAUAUGGGUUGGUUUAGCAUUAACAAGUUAUGCCUACUACAAGAUUUCAUAUGGGGGCAAAAAAGCAUCAGGAAAUAAGUCCUCUGGUUCUGGCCAUCAUUAAAGAUCUCUUCUCUUCUUGGAAUAUGAAUUUGGCGGUUCAUCAUCUCUGCUGCAAAUGAAGCGAGUUACAACCAUAGGGAAAUGAAUGUUAGAAAUGUACCUGAUCCAUCUGCUGUAAUUGGAAAAAGAAUAAAUCCUUUCAACAAAAAUUAAAGAUGUUGGACAAUA